AUGAGACUCUCCGUGGCCUGUGUUUUCUUCUUCGCCCUGGUCACCGGUACCCAGGCUCUCAUCGCUAGGAGGCAAUCGGGAGGUUGCACGUGUGGCAACAAGGAGUACAGCAGCAGGGACAUCUCCGAGGCCAUCGAGGCCGCAGAAGACGGAGGAGCUGGCGACUACCCUCAUCAGUACCAUGAUUAUGAGGGAUUUUCUUUCCCGUCGUGCAGUGGGACAUUCUACGAAUUUCCCCUCGAAAGUGGCGACGCAUACGACGGUGGUAGCCCCGGAGCAGACAGGGUGAUUUACGACGACGAUGGAGAUUUCUGCGCUUGCCUCACUCACACUGGCGCAUCCGGAAACGACUUCGUCGAAUGUGACUUCUAA